AUGAGUGCGUCUAAGGAAGAAAUCCAGUUGCGUUUUAUCUUUCCGAACCACGAUGGAGCUACUGUGGAAGCUUCGUACGCGAAAAGCGCGACAGUGCGCGAGGUGAAGAGCGACGUGCUGCUGCAUAGAUGGCCGGAAUCGUCAGCGUCUCCGGAGCGCGUGGCGAAGCUGCGCAUGUUUUACGGGGGUCGCGAGUUGAAGGACGCUUGGCAGCUGCGAGACUGUCACUUCCCCCAAGACGUUGACUACCCGCCCGCCUGUCACCUUUUCGUCGUUCUCCGUGGCUCUGAGAAAGCCGGCGACAGCGUCGCCGGAAAAACGUCGCGGUGUCUCUGCAAUAUUUCUUGA